CUGGAAAGACUCUCUGAAUAAGCUCAUAUUCGCUUAUAACUGCACACGUAACAGGCUUUUCCCCAUUUUAUCUAUUGUAUGGCCGCUCUCCAAGAUUACCUAUUGACAUGUUGUUCAGUUUGCCCACAGAAGAUGGAAGUCGCAGCCAGAGUGACUAUGUUGAAAUGUGGAAGCAAGGAAUGCAGGAGGCAUAUGCUAUCGCAAGAGAAAAUGCACACAAAUCUGCUCAGCGGAAUAAGAGGAUGUAUGAUACUAAGGUGAGGAGUUCAGUGUUGUGUCCAGGGGACCGUGUGUUAAUCCGAAACAUGACCCCUCGUGGUGGAACUGGAAAAUUAAGGAAUCACUGGGAAGACACCAUCCAUACUGUAGUCCGUCAAGUGGGAGAGGAUGUUCCCAUUUAUGAGCUGAGACCUGAACAUGGGAAAGGAAAAACCAGGAUUCUGCAUCGAAACCUCCUCUUACCUUGCGAUCACCUACCGCUGGAAGCUGAAGUACGCCCACCUGUGAAACCAAAAAAGAAAACUACAGUAGCUGAUAAAGUCAGAGAGGAGUCAGAGGAAGAGGAUGAUGAUGAGGAUUACUAUUUUGUGCCACCUCAGACCUUUGCUCAACCACCAAAAUCAGUGAGAGAGAUUCCUGUCAUGGCAGCUGAUGUGAUUCAACCAGAUCUAAAUGAACACGCAGCAGAGCAACCUCUGAUAAAACAUAGUGAUGAUAACUCAACAGAUAACCAGGAUGUCCGGGACAACAUCGCAUGAGACUGGGGAGGAAACAUCACUGCCAUCAGUGGAUAGCACACACGAAGUAGAGUUGGAGACCAGACCUCAGCGGCCGCAGAGACAACGUAGGCCACCAAAGACCUUCAGCUAUGAUAAAAUUGGAACCCCAUCCUGCUACAGUCUUGCUGCAUUUCCCUCUUAUGUAAUGAUGUUGAGGACAACAUCUAAUUUUGAGGGGAAGUAUGUGACAGAUGGGAAUAAUGCGUUUUACCAGUAAGUCAUUACACAUAUGAUCUGAUGAAAGUUUGUGUCCUUGCAUCUUUCAUUCAAUUAUUCCCCUUUUCAGGGCUUUACGUGUGUGUGUGUGUGUGUGCGUGCGUGCGUGCGUGCGUGUGUGUACAUGGUUACACUACAUUGUCCCCACAAAGUAGGAGAUCUCAGGUUUUACUAUCCCUUUAUUAUACUUGAGACCUUUGAAGCUCAAGGCAGCAUAGAAGUAAUCCAUAGUGGUUUAAUCAAUGUUUUCUGAAGCGAUGCAAUCACAUUGGGUGAGAAACAGAUCAAUAUUUCAAUACUUUUUACUAUAAAUCUUCAGAUGUAGUAAAUAAGGACUUAAAUAUUUAAAUGUUUCUCAUCCACACCUAUCAUAUUGCUUCUGAAUACAUAGAUUUAACCACUGGGAUUAUAAGGAUAACUUUUAUGCUGCCUUGAUGUGAUUUAUGGUCACGCUUCACUUGCAUUGUAUGGACUAACAGAGCUGAGAUAUUCUUCUAAAAAUCUUUGUGUUCUUCAGAAGAAAGAAAUUCAUACAUAUCUGGGAUGGCAUGAGGGUGAG